AUGUACGUCAAGCUCUUCGAUUAUCUCACCUUCCCACAGACCAGUCUGCUGUGGCCUACACUCUUUCCUUUACCGGCGAUGAAGUCCAUCAAGCGUAUGCUGGCAUACUAUGGGGUCACUCUCUAUGAUUCCGAGGCAAGGCUUGACAAAGCUGCAUGUCGGAUGGCGUUUCAGACUGAGAAGGGACAUAAUGAACAGGUGCCUCUCGAGCGCGAGAAGCAUAGAGAGGAACAUACGAAAGAGAUUGAGGAGCUCCGAGACGAGCGGGACGAGCUUCGGAUGGGGCAUCAAAGCGAGCAAAACACUGCUCGACUGGACGUCACAGCUGGGCCUGCACGCCAAAGGGAUCAGGAAGCCUUCCAAGCGGAGGUGUUCCCUCAAGCAGCCGCCAGGGAAACAGCAGUAGAAGGCACUCAACAGCCUUUUCGCCCUACCUACCCUGUUCACGCCCGUUCGGGACCCCGGAAGAAGCCCUCUCGUCGCCGUCGAUGA